CUACCUGGCCCACCUGGCAGCGGUGACUCCUCCUCGUCUACUCCCUCGCCGUUCCACCCUCGCCGUCGAGCCGCACCACCGCCGCUUCGCCUCGCUCCGGCGGACGGGGAAGCGAGAGCGAGGAGGCCUCGGGAGAGGAGAGGAGAGGAAGGGGAGGAAGUGUACGAGAUGGUGUGGGCGCUGACCCCCGUCGACACAGUGCGCGGGGCGCAGAGGUGCUACAUCUUCGCCGCCGGGACGUACAAGGUCGGCCGCAAAGAUUGCGAUGUCAUUGUUCAAACGGACACAUCGAUAUCGCGAGUCCAUGCAGAGAUUGUGGUUGAAAAGAUGGUGGCCUGGGAUCCACAAUCUGGCGCACCAGCUAACCCUUCCUAUGUCCGUGUAGUUGACCGCUCAAAGUAUGGGACAUUUUUCAACAAGGUACAGGGAACACAGGGUAGUCGCCUUCAUAAAGAUGAAGAUGCAAUGCUUGCUGAUGGGGAUACUGUAACUUUUGGAACUGGCAAUGCAACCUUCAGGUUGUCAUUUGUCCCCAUAGUAGUCUUUUUUCAUGGAAAAAAGUCAGGGAGGAUUAGUCCAUGUUUGCAGGCAGUAAUGACAUCCAUUGGUGCAUAUGCUACUCGGAAGUGGAGUGAUGAAUGCACUCAUGUCCUUGUUGACGAGUCAUGUUCAUUGACACCUGAGCUCCUAGAUGCGGUUUUGGCGAAAAAGCAGAUCGUCCUGGGAGACUGGUUUAAGGUGAUGGCUGAAAAGAACAUACACACCGAAAUGCCUUCUUCUACACAGUAUAUUCCAAAGUUGACCCUUGAUGGGAUGGAGAUACAGGUGGUGGAGAUCAAGCUCAUAGAGAGCUGCCUUGCAGGCUAUACUUUUAUCUUGGGGUCAUCAGAAAAGUAUAAAUUUGGAGACAAACUACAUGCUUUACUGGAAUCUACUGGAGCAAAAUAUCUGCACGUUGAUGAGUUUUGUGCAAACAGCCAGGACUCUGGAGCUGGUGAAAAUGAUAAAGAUAUUCUUCUUGUUCCUGCAAAAUCUCCUUUGGAAUUCAGUAAGAUACGCGGGCUAUUUCCUUUGUCCAAGAUCACCGAUGUAAAGCUCUUUGCUGCUAUUUUAUCUGGUCACUUAGAAGCAACUGCCAUUGAACCGCCAGCUUACAUUGUUGCAUCCUCAAAUUCGACGGAUGAGACUAUUGUGGUGGACUCUGAUGUAGAAAUUGAUACUGCAACUUCUGAUCAUACUGUUGCUGCUAGCAAGUCUGAACAUCACAUUGAGCAUAUUUCUGAUGAUAAAAAGGAAGUCGUUGCUAUAUCUGAAGAAGAUGCUGUAAAUUUGGUGGAAGCAAAGACCAGCAUUAAUCUUCACAGUGACCAGGAGAAAGAUGAGAUUGUGAAACCUAUGGAGGAGGAUGUCAAGGUCAUAGAGAAAACAGCAACAAUGCGUGGUUUCAAAGUUGAAGGCGAGGACAUUCCUGUUAUGACCAAGGUGCCAAAGGAUGAAACUUUGGACAGCAGAGAUGAGACUUGUCAUGUUAUAUAUACCCAGAAUCUGGUUGUGAAAAGCAUCCUUCAGUCAGCUCGUGCCGAAUCCAUAGAAACUGGUGGCAUUAACUUCAAACGCUUUAGAAAGAGAGGAGCAGUGUCUGGAAACAGCUUCAAGGACCUAAUCCCGUAUUCACGAGAACCAUACAGAGAAUCUGAUUACGAGCGUGGAACGGUAACUGACUUCAUGCGAGAGGAGAAGAAGCGGAGGCAAAUGGAAGCCAUUGCAGAGGACCUCUUCAACAAUGCAAAGCCAAAGAAGAAGGCAGCUGCUGGUAGUUCGAUUCACACCAUGCUUACCGGCCGCAGAUGAAACCCAGGAAAAUCACCACAGAACAUGUCCUCUACCUGACCCUUUGUUGGAAGACCAGAGAAAUCAAUCGCAUAUGCUGCAUUUUUGGCUAUCUUCUGGAUGAUUGCCUUCUAUCAUCUAUGUAAACGUUUUCUGGAGUCGAUGACUGUAAGUUGGUUGACAUGGAAGGGGGGUGUGAGAUGUGAAUCGUGUAUCAUAGGCAGUUCUUUUCCUGCCCAAAUUUUGGAGUUACUACCACAUGUUGGAUGAGCUUGCGUACAAGCCCAGAAUCCGAGCAAUUUUCACACUGAUA